AUGCUGUUCUAAAUUAUUCUCUUUGGAUUUGAGGUAGUACUAGGAUAAUAAUUAUAAACCCCUACAUUCUUCAAUUUCAAUGAACACAUUUCAACAUUUAUUACUUCAAAAAAUGAAUCGGAUAUACAAAGUACGCAUAAUUGCCUAAUUGUGCCAUGUACUGCAUUUGGAAGACCAUAAAAUUGUAUGGUGAUAACUAAACUUACUUUUGGAGGUGAUUGUUUUACUAGACCAAUUCAGUCUAGUUUAAAUUUCACAAGCGAAGAAGACGUAGCCACUUUGGAAUUUGCUUAUUAUGCUUCCAGCCAUCCUUCAUCUAAAAGUCCUAAUACAGGAAUUGUUAUAGGUUGGACAAAUGACGAAGAUGAAUUUUAUUGGAUUGCUGCAGAAGAUAUAAGUGUGAUAACCUCUGGAGUAAAUCAAACAAAUAAAUAUGCAUAAUUUGUUACUAUUAACAGUCUCGCUGAGAACACUUGGACAAAAGUAUAUUUUAUAUUCAUAAAUAAGGUUAGAGUUCACAUCAGACCUAAUUCUACAAAACCUUUCAGAAUAGUCUUCGAAGCCUACUCAGAUGCAACUGAUUUUGCAGGAAAGUUUUUGGUGACUAACAUUUCAGUAUUUGAUAGAUCAACUUGUUCUGAAGGUUGCAGUACUUGCUUAUCAUAUACUGAAUGUACAUCAUGCGAAAAAGGAAGGCUCUAUCGAGGAGCCUGCAUAUCUGACUAUUGUUACUAUGAUGCUGGCAGCAUAACAGCUAAUAAAAUCUCAGUUGGUUGGAUCUCAGAAUAAAAUUCACUAUAUGGUAUAGUAUUAAAGAAUAUUAAAAUAAAUGAAUGUCAUUAGGUGAAAUUCACAAUGAAUAAAAUAAACAGCAACUAUAUUGAUGGAUCUAACUCAGGUUUGGAUAUUUAUUAAUAUGGUUUUAAAAUUUAAUAAAGUACAUUAUCAAGUGCUGGCUGUCUAUACUAAUUGAUUCUACCCAUUUCUGGAAAACCAGGAUAUUCAUGUCUUUUUGAAUUCCUUUUAUAAUUGAAAAAUACUACAGUAGAUUUAGUGAAUAUGACAUGGACUUAAGAAUUCUAUUAUUAAACCAAUAAUAGUGAAAUUCUGGUUACAGGAGAGAUAUCAUCUAAUUAAGUAGAAUUUUAGGUUUUGACCUCCUCAAUCUAUCUUGGUGAAGCGUCAACAAAAGUUGAAGGCAAAGUACUAUUAUGUGAGAGUUCAACUUGUAGGUCAUUCUAUACUGAACCUUAAGUAUUAUAUUUAAAUGAUCCCUUUUACAUUUUGGUGAUGCUUGACAAUAAAUACAUAGAUUUUGGGGCUGAUUUCAAAUUUCAAUUAGUUAGUGCAAUUGCUCUUGGUAAUGGAACAUAUAUUAAUUUAAAAUCAUAGGAUGAAAGCGAAAAAAAUAUGACUGCUAUCAUUUAUAAGUUUACUGUGCCAUUUGCAGUGUAGAACUGUACAAUAUAACUCACAGCCUAAUUGAUUGAAAGAGAUGUUGAUGAUAACGCUGUGACUGAUAGUAGAAGAAGAAUGUUGUUAAGAAGAUUGUUAUAAACAGAUAACCAAACAACUUCGAAUGCUAAUUCAGGGUAUACAGUUUCAGGGAGUAUUAAAGUUGAAAGCAUUGAGAUAUUGCCCUAUUGGAAGGUAUAUCCAAAGGAUGCUCCUUACAUUAUCAUAGGAGUUUCUGCUGGUUUAGUGGUUACCGCAAUAAUUCUCUAUUGUGCUUGUUUGACCUUCAGUUAGAAAUAAGUUCAUUCUCAAAGGGAAUCCAAAUAUAAUGUCAGUAAUAUGUACGUGAUCGACAAUCCUGAAGAGUAGAAUACAAUAAAAGAGAUGUUUAGGAAUAUAAAUUGA